UAUCCUUCCGCCAGCUGAAGGACGACCAUCCCGCCAUUGCUGAUUACCAGGUACCCCCCCUCUAAGGGCUAUUGUUGAUCAGUAAAGAUGAUGGACCUAGGACCUGGCUCAGGCAACACCAUGUUGUCUGGAUUACGUCUCAACUUUGAAGGAUUUGAUGAUGAUGUCUCGAAGGAGAGUCAUGAUCUGACAGUAGAUCCUUCUUUCUCCAAUCCAGAUAGUUCCUUCAUUUCUUCACAUAGUCAGGGACUUGGCGAUUUGGCACAAGUUACACAGAUAAGUAGCACAGAAGCAGACGGUGCAGCACCUCUGGAGAAUGUGAAGAAGAAAGGAGGUUGGCCAAAGGGAAAGAAGAGGAAGCGAGUCCGGGACACAAAUGCACCCAAACCUCCUCUGACGGGUUAUGUGAGAUUUCUGAACGAAAGACGCGAGACCUUGAGGAAGGAAAACCCCAGUACAGCAUUCACAGACCUGUUACGACUUAUGGGCGCUGAGUGGUCCAAACUUCCUCAGCAUGAUAAACAGAGAUACCUUGAUGAGGCGGAAAAGGACAAAGAGAGAUACAUGAAGGAGAUGGAGAGCUACCAAAAAACUGAGGCGUACAAAUUGUUCCGUGAAAAGAAGAUGAAAGAAUCAUCUGGAUUCAACAAUUCCACUUUAGAUACCCUACAUGGAGAUGAAGACACCUCGGGGACAUUUGAUAUUCCUGUUUUUACAGAAGAGUUCCUUGACCACAACAAAGCGAGGGAAUCGGAACUUCGACAAUUGAGGAAGCAGACAACAGAACUCGAGGAACAGAACGCCAUCCUAAGUAAACAUAUUGACAACAUGAAACAGGCUAUAGAAAAGCUGGAGGUAGAGUCUGUACAACAGCGAAGCUCUAACAUGGCUCUACAAGGUCACCUGGACGGACUACGGGCUUCUCUCACCUCACAUUUCUCUAGUACUCCACUUCCAGGUACUGGGGAGCUACCCACCAUUGACACCAUUGACUCGUACAUGGCAAAACUACACAGCCUCAUUCUGGAGUCUCCACAGGAUCACGAAUCACUCAUAGCAACAGUACGGGAUAUUCUGGGGCGACUUAAUGUUGAAGGAGAUAAAUUAUGAAGAUUGAAGGACAGAAGUUUGAAUGUUGUAAUCAGCUUUAACUACGUGAAAUCCUUGAUGGUAAACUGCUGACAGGGACAAAACAUUUGACAUUCAAAUGGUCCUCUUUAACAAGUACCGCAGGGAGGGACGUACGUGUAGAGACCUUAUAUCUACUGUGGCAGUGAUCCGGAUGUGUUGUCGAGACCUUAUAUCUACUGUGGCAGUGAUCCGGAUGUGUUGUCGAGACCUUAUAUCUACUGUGGCAGUGAUCCGGAUGUGUUGUCGAGACCUUAUAUCUACUGUGGCAGUGAUCCGGAUGUGUUGUCGAGACCUUAUAUCUACUGUGGCAGUGAUCCGGAUGUGUUGUCGAGACCUUAUAUCUACUGUGGCAGUGAUCCGGAUGUGUUGUCGAGACCUUAUAUCUACUGUGGCAGUGAUCCGGAUGUGUUGUCGAGACCUUAUAUCUACUGUGGCAGUGAUCCGGAUGUGUUGUCGAGACCUUAUAUCUACUGUGGCAGUGAUCCGGAUGUGUUGUUGAGAAAACAUACAUGUGAUUAUUAAGUUAUUGAUAAUUGAAAGCCCUUUCAAGGAUCCUGGAUACAACAAAUUUUAUCUCUUCGUCACGGUUUUAACCAAUCGGUCAAUAUUAUAAGCUCAUUUGUAUUUCGUUUGUUGGAGACAUUCCAUCCUAGAUAUUUACUGCCAAGCUUAUUUUGCCUCGUAUACAAUGUGUACAUACGGGACCUCACUGCCUCUUGUAUGAAAACAUGUUUUUCCUGGCCAGUUUAGGAGAUAGCCACCUGUUGAAAAUUUGAAACAUUUUGUUAUGUGGCUUGAUACUAUCUGCGAAGUGACUUGAUUGUAUCGAUGAAGUGACUUGAUUGUAUCAAUGAAGUGACUUGAUUGUAUCGGUGUAGUGACUUGAUUGUAUCAAUGAAGUGACUUGAUUGUAUCAAUGAAGUGACUUGAUUGUAUCGGCGAAGUGACUUGAUUGUAUCAGAGAAGUGACUUGAUUGUAUCAAUGAAGUGACUUGAUUGUAUCAAUGAAGUGACUUGAUUGUAUCAAUGAAGUGACUUGAUUGUAUCAAUGAAGUGACUUGAUUGUAUCAAUGAAGUGACUUGAUUGUAUCAGAGAAGUGACUUGAUUGUAUCGGUGAAGUGACUUGAUUGUAUCAAUGAAGUGACUUGAUUGUAUCGGUGAAGUGACUUGAUUGUAUCGGUGAAGUGACUUGAUUGUAUCGGUGAAAUGACUUGAUUGUAUCGGUGAAGUGACUUGAUUGUAUCUGGGAAGUGACUUGAUUGUAUCUGGGAAGUGACUUGAUUGUAUCAGUGAAGUGACUUGAUUGUAUCGGUGAAGUGACUUGAUUGUAUCUGGGAAGUGACUUGAUUGUAUCUGGGAAGUGACUUGAUUGUAUCGGUGAAGCGACUUGAUUGUAUCGGUGAAGCGACUUGAUUGUAUCGGUGAAGUGACUUGAUUGUAUCAAUGAAGUGACUUGAUUGUAUCGGUGAAGUGACUUGAUUGUAUCUGGGAAGUGACUUGAUUGUAUCAAUGAAGUGACUUGAUUGUAUCGGUGAAGUGACUUGAUUGUAUCGGUGAAGUGACUUGAUUGUAUCAAUGAAGUGACUUGAUUGUAUCGGUGAAGUGACUUGAUUGUAUCAGAGAAGUGGCCUGGCAUUGCCUCAUUGAUGUUUGUUUGUUUUGAUGUCUUUUGUUGAAUGGUGAUUUAUUCGCAAAUCCCAAUCUAUUUUGAAUACUAUCAGCAAAAAUAUGUUAGUGGAGAUUUAAUUUAAGUGACUUUAGUGCGAGAAUCAAAGUGCUUAUUCACAUAUACCUCAAAAAUAUGUCCACAUAAAAAGGAAGAUUAUGAAACUUAUUCAGGUAAAUUCCCCUCCACAUGUUCAAAUUACUGUUGUAUACAAAUCUACAAAUAAGCCCCUAUAUAUAGCUACAAACAAAUAGGCCCCUAUAUAUAGCUACAAACAAAUAGGCCCAUAUAUAUAGCUACAAACAAAUAGGCCCCUAUAUACUCACAAAAGGAAUAAACCACCUUUCUUUUUGCAGAAUUAUUAAAGAAGUAUUUCAGCUAAAAGUUUUUCCCUCUCCAAGGGAAGGGGUUUGAGGAUGAAUAUAGUACUAAACUUUUACACUAGGGGAGGGAGUUUAUUUGAGGAUAAGUAUGGUACUAAAGUUUUACUCUAGAGAAGGGGCCUCAUUAGAGAAUAUUGUGUAGGGGGCUUAUUUGAUGAUAAAUAUUAUACGGUAAACUUUUACACUCUGGUAGGGGGCUUGUUUGAUGAUAGAUAUGGUUAUCUUUCAUCCUUGGGUAGGGGGCUUAUUUGAUGAUAAAUACGGUAAACUUUUACACUUGGUUAUGGGGCAUUUUUAAGGAUAAAUAUGAUAACUUUUUACAGGAGAGGGCUUAUUUGAUGAUAGUUACGGUAAACUACAGGCAGGGUAACGUUAUUAGUCUGUUAUCAGUACUAAUUGAGAAUAUUUUAAUUAAGACACCCUAUCAUCACUAGUCUUAGGUGCCUAUCCUGGACUUCAUGCAUUUGUCAGAUCAGUUAGAGUAAAAUAUGUGUCAUGAAACCUAAAUAGAAAUUAUGUAAGAAAAUGUCUUCUUUCAUACGCAACCAUUUUUGUCUGACACAGUUUUUGUCCUUUUUCUUUCUGUUGAUCAUUUUGCAGCUCAGUCUUGUGUAGCUAUUUAUUUCUGUUGAUAAUGAAAUAAAGGAACAAAGAAAAAA